AUGGCUGAAGCGGAAAGUGGCUAUCUAUCCCCUCGUGUCCCUCGAGUGCAACCGACACCAGUGCACUCCGCCGAAGCUCCGGCCGCGCCGAUGCAUCAAUGUACAAUUUCAACAUUACCUGAAACCCAACGACCUCCGUCACCAGCAACACUACCCCGACCAAGUACGGCACCCACAAAACACGCGCCCCUAAACCACCCAUUACCGGCAACCUCCACUAUCUCAGCCAAGGUUACUUUGCAGUCUCUUGGUCUUGCUUUGAACGAUCGCGUAUGUAUCGGCCCGGGCAACACAGGUCACGCUGUACGCACUCAUUCACGUGAUCCCGGUCCCAUUGCUGUGACCGGACGUAUCGGUCGAUUACGCUAUUGUGGUCCAGUUGCUUUUGCUUCUGGGGUUUGGGUUGGUGUGGAACUGGAUGAACCGCUAGGACGAAAUAACGGGACUGUGGCUGGGGUACAGUACUUUUCUUGUGCAGCAAACCACGGGGUAUUCGCCCCGAUCGGCCGUGUGUACAAAGCUGUAUGCGACGAUGCCAGCAAACAACAAUGGCUUCCUGUUCGACAGCCUGCGAGUCGAGCCCGACCUGCCACACCACGACAGCAAGCACCACAAUCACCAGAUCAUCAUGAAGGUGGUCCGAUUCGUGUCUCCCGAUCAAGUUAUUCCCUGUCCGGUUCGCUGUCCUCGAGUGAGAACGAUCAUUCUAGUGCAGUGAGCGGAAGUAGCGGAGUAUCUCAUUCACCAAUCGAUGUCUCACAUGUCACAGCUAAAAUCGAUACAGGUCUUCGUAUUCGUUCUCCGGAUCUCAAUUCUGCCUCAAGACAAUUGGAGUUAGGUGAUCGUGUCCUGGUCGCUGGUCAGCGGAAAGGUGUCAUCCGUUUCAUCGGCCCAACUCAGUUCGCUCCGGGAACCUGGUAUGGAGUGGAAUUAGAUCAGUCUGUUGGUAAAAAUAACGGUUCUGUUGGUGGUGUCCGCUAUUUUGAGUGUGCAAUGGGUCACGGAAUUUUCGCUCCACUCAAUCGCAUUCAACGACUGCCCAGUAUCAGUCGGUCAGCCACUCCUCAGUGCAGUCGGGCUGCGUCAUCCGGAUUGCGUAAUGCCUCUAUGACGGGAUCACUUUACGGCUCCGGUACUUCAGGUGGAUUACGAUUGGACAAACCAGCACAUCGUCUGGCUUGGUCAACUACUACUUCACCAAUGGUUGGUCGAGCUGUGGUUGGUCGACCCAGUUUACCACAAGAAUUAAUCAAUGCACUUCACGCGGCCGGGCACACUCCGAAGGAGAUCAAAGAUCCGCCGGUGUUCUAUCUAUGCGAAGGAAUGCAAGUAUUGUGUGCUGGGGAAAUGGGUAUUGUGCGCUAUAUCGGCCCGAUCACAUUUGCGGAAGGUAUCUGGCUAGGUGUCGAGCUGCGGAAACCACGUGGCCGUCACGAUGGUUCAGUGGCCGGAAAGCGCUAUUUCACUUGUCGUCCGGGUCACGGGCUUCUUGUACGACCGUCCCGUGUGUUUUGUCGUGGGAUCAACGCAAUUGACCUUCUUCCACCACCGUUGGCGGCCAUGGAGCGUGAAUUGUCAGAGAAACGUCUGAUCAAGACAACAUCCACCUCUACGUCUACGGAUAGUACACCACAAUAG